CUGAAGCCGCGGCUGAGGGUGCCUAGAGAAUGAGUUUAUAGUUGCCGGGGGACGGCGGCACUCGAGAGUCUUGGAAGAGCUCCCGCAGUCCGCGAGUGUAACACGGCGGCUUUGAAGGAGGCCGAGAAAGAGCCGAUAAUUUGAGGAGGGAGCCGGGCAAGGGCGACGAGUGCUUGGAGCCGGAGAGUUCAAUGGCUGAGAGGAGGCUUCGGGCUCCGGACCUAGAUAGUUCCCAGUCUGAUGGGGAGGCCAGAGGUUCACGCCGAGAGAGUAAACAAGAAUAUGAAGCUGAAAAUAGGAGAGACAGGGCUCAGCUAGGAGUUUCUAGUUGUCUGGGAAAAUGCCGGAAGAGCUCAACAGAUGCUUGGAGGCCACCGUUUUCUGGAAAGUCGUUUUACUUGGAUCUGCCUGCUGGCAAGAAUCUCCAGUUUUUGACGGGGGCCAUCCAGCAGCUGGGUGGGGUAAUUGAGGGUUUUUUGAGCAAAGAAGUAAGUUACAUCGUGUCCAGCCGCAGGGAAGCGAAGGCGGAGAGCAGUGGGACAAGUCACAGAGGCUGCCCCAGCCCCAGCGAGGUCAGAGUGGAAACACCAUCCAUGGUCGAUCCAAAAGGUGGCCAUGCCAGGCCUUCACAGAAGCCUGUAGAUUCGGUGCCUACGAGCCGAGGGAAGGAGCUACUGCAGAAAGCCAUCAGAAACCAGGGGAGCAGCAGCAGCCUCCUGACCAAUGCCCGCUCCUGGGGAGUGAGGAUUCUGCAUGUGGACGAAAUGAUGGCACAUGUGCAGCAGCUGUCUCUGGAUGCUUUGUGUGUGAAGAAACAAGGGCCAAAGAAGCCAGAGGGAACACGUCCAGCGGAGUCAAGAACGCGGAAAGUGGCCAGACUGAAGGCUCCGUUCCUCAAAAUCGAAGAUGAGAGCAGGAAGUUUCGUCCUUUCCACCAUCAGUUUAAAUCCUUUCCUGAAAUUUCUUUUCUGGGACCCAAAGAUGCAAGUCCGUUUGAGGCCCCGACGACCCUGGGCAGCUCACACCGUACCAGAGAACCCAAGGAACGAGAGCCAAGUCCACGGUCAGCUGCCCGCAUGGCUCCGGGGAGGAAGAGAGGCUACUGCGAGUGCUGCCGAGAGGCUUUUGAGGAGCUCCGUGGGCAUCUGCAGAGCACCCAGCACCAGGGCUUUGCCCUGGAAGCCCAUCCGUAUGCAGAAGUUGAUCGGAUCAUCGCCCGGCUCAGCCACAGCUUUGCGGACAUCCCCUUCCAGGCCAGCCUCCCCAGGCAGCCAGUCUCCCCGGCUUCAGAUUGUGACCUUCUAUGUCCUGAGACUCUGCCUCCCAGCCAGCCCUCCUAUCCCAGGGCAGCAUCUCCCAGGAUGAGGGAAGAAGACAACCACCAGGUCCCAGGCGCCCAAGAGCAGGAUGGGAAGAUGGGUGACAUGAAGGCACCAGCUGAACCUGUGGAGGCUGGCGAGAUACCCCGACCAGUAGCAAGCUGCCAGGAGCUGGAGGGGUUGGCUGAUGUCAUUGUGGACCCCCCAGGGACACCAGUGUCCAGGAGCCCUGCUUCCCAAGGCCUCCUUUCCAGCUCUGGCUUUGCAGCCCUCUCCUCUGGCCCAGACCUGGCACUUGUUGGCCACAAGCGAAAGGUUCAGUUCCCCAGCAGCAAUACUGAGAAGAGGCCAGGAGUGUCCUGGCCACAGGGCUCAUUCUUUGACCCAAGAGCCCCCAGCCCCUGUGGCACCAGGACAACUGGUGGCAGGCACCUCCUGUCCCUCGCCCUUCCAGGCCAUGAGCCCAGCCCUCCGGCCUCCCUCCUGCCCUUGUGCCACCCACAGACCUGCCUCUCCCUCCCAGAUGCCUUCUCCUGGCCACUGACAGACAGGCCAGCUGAGUUCUGGGCUACACAGUCUCCCUGGCCUGGGGGAGGCUGGCCCCCAGGAUCUGAGGAUUCAGAGUGUGCAGCCCUUGGCCGUGUCCCCCAGCAGGCUGACCAGCUCCCCAGCUGCCCUGCAGCUCCAGGCCAGCUGUCAGCCCACCUGCACUCAGCUGUGGGCACACAGCCCCCAGGGGGACCUGCAGAGAGCCAAUCUACCUCUCUUUCCCACCCUCUGCCAGCCAGUGUGGAAGCCAGCUGCUCCCAAUGGUUCUGGAUCCCCCAACCUCUCCCAAUCCCCUGCCUUCCUGUUUCCCAGCCCCAGCCCAGUGGCAGCAGAAAACUCCUCCUGUGAGUCCCUCGGGCACACAGCUGUGGGGCCAGACAGCUCCCAACUCCAGGGCCAGAUGCAGGGAUACCAGUUAUACCUCUGCUGAGUGCUGCAUACCCAGCCAGGGCUGACACAAGGAGGAGCAGUGCCCCAGGGCUCCCCAAAAGAGCCAGAAGGAGCCCUGGGCCUGGCCUUUGAAGUCCAAGUGAACAGCUCUUUGUGGCCGAGCCCUGUGGGAUCGAAAGAGCCCGUCCUCUCACCUGUCAGUCUUUGGGUAGGACCAGGAGCGUCUGGGCUGGGGGCUGCCCUCUCCUACCCCGGCCUCCAGCUGUGUCCUUGACCAGCAGCAGUCUGGUCCAGUGAUGGGCCUGUCCAGCCAUGGCCAGCUGCCCAUGCCAGGAGGCCAAGGCAAGGUUGGCAUAGGGAGGGACCACAGAGGAGCUGGAGCAGCAGGAGCCCUGGCCUGGCUUCCUGUCCCUCUGCAGGCACUUGCCUCUUUGCAGAGCCAAGAGGGUGAGCUGUCGGUGCUCCCCUCCCCCACCCCCAGCCUCCUUUCCCACAAGCAUGUGGUUAUUCUGCUUUCCGAAGUGCCUGUGUUUGUGUCCCCUCCCCCAGCCCCCCACGCUCGUGCACAAGAUCCUCAGGAACAUAUGAAGCAGAGGAGGGGCUCGGCUGCAGCUCUUACCGAGCUCCCUCCCCAGCACUUAGUGGGGGCCCAGUGCUGACCUUUCCCCUGAGCCUGGCAUGUGGCCAGAGCCCCCUCUGGGGACCCUUCUCACCUCUUCCCUUCUCAGCCCUGGCUGCCCACCCUGAGUUCUGCUGUUCCAGGGUCACCGGUUCACCUGCCAACUUCUGCAUCACCGUCUUCCCUCCCACCCUCCUUCCCCAAGGACCUCCCCCCAUUUCUUUGAGCCAAGCCAUUAAUCUGGAGCCAGAGAUGGGUUUGCUAUCGAUUCUUUCGCUACUUUUUUUUUUAUUAUUACAUUUUGACUGUGGUUCUUCUCA